GUUUUUCUCUUCUGCGUCUUCUUCUUUCUUUUUUCUUCCUCUUCUUUCUGUGGUUUCAACUUUCAAGAUGGAGGAAAGCUCUGCGAAUUAUGUGGAAGCUGUCGAGAAUUCCCAGAGCAAUCACGGAUGGCAGAAGGUCGUCUACCACAAGCGCCAGCGGAAGUCGAAGCCCGAGAAUUCCACCUCCGGAGACACGAUCCGUGCUAACGGCGAUAAGGCCGGAAACGUCUUCCGAUCCGUGGAGCAGCACGCUGAGGAGCGCCGGAAACGCGUAGUAGAGGCCCAGAAGGCUUCCCUUCAGGCCGAGUUUCUCGCGAAGCCAGCCGCGGCCGCCGCUGCUGGGACCUCCGAUGAGGACAGCGACGCCGAGAAUUCGCACCCGAACGGGGCCACCGCCGCGGAGGAGAAAAAGAUGAAGCAGAAGAAGGCUAAGAAACCGAAGGUCACCGUUGCAGAGGCUGCCUCCAAGAUUGACCCUUCAAAUCUCUCGGCUUUCCUCGUGGAUAUCUCCGGUUCAUAUCAAAAUGCGCCGGAUAUUCAGCUGAUGAGAUUUGCAGAUUACUAUGCGAGGGCGUUCUCCGCGGUCAGCUCGUCUCAGUUCCCAUGGACCAAGAUGUUCAAAGAAUCUCCCGUUUCGAAGAUCGUGGAUGUCCCAUUGAAUUCCAUUGCCGAAGAUGUAUACAAAACAUCUGUUGACUGGAUUGGCCACAUACCUAUAGAUGCCCUUAGUGACUUUGUUUUGUGGGGAUUGGAUAGUAUAAUCGCUGACCUUGUAGCCCAUCAGGGAACUGCUAAAGGCUCAAAGAAAUCCACUCAGCAGCCAUCUUCCAAGGCACAGGUAGCCAUUUUUCUUGUUUUGGCUAUGGUGCUAAGGCGGAAACCUGAUGCAUUAUUCAACCUGUUGCAAACACUCAAAACCAGUUCAAAGUAUCAAGGGCAAGAUAAACUUCCUGUCUUAGUAUGGGUUAUUGCCCAGGCAUGUCAGGGUGAUAUUGCUGUAGGGAUGGCUUUGUGGGUCCAAAUCCUGCUGCCUUUGGCUGUAGGGAAAUCAAGCAAUCCCCAUUCAAGGGACCUGGCUCUGCAAUUAUUGGAAAGAAUCUUGUCAAGCCCUAAAGCAAAGCCUGUUCUAUUGAAUGGUGCUGUGAGAAAGGGAGAGCGCCUGGUACCACCAGCUGCACUGGAUUUGUUGAUGCAAGCUACCUUCCCUAGUUCUUCAGCUCGGAUCAAGGCAACUGAAAGGUUUGAAAGUGUCUAUCCGUUCCUGAAGGAACUAGCUCUUGCAGGUUCCCCUGGAAGUAAAGCCAUGAAGCAAGUUGCAAUGCAAAUUUUCCCUAUGUCAUUCUCAGCAAUUAGCAAAAACAAUCCAGAACUAUCAGGGGAAGCUGCUGGAAUAUUCAUAUGGUGCUUAUCUCAGAAUUCUGAAUGUUACAAGCAUUGGGAAAAGGUAUACCUUGAACAAAUUGAUCGGAGCGUGGUUGUUCUUACGAAACUCUCUGAAGAAUGGAAGCAACACUCUACCAGACUCGCCCCAUUAGAAAACAUGAGACUGACACUUAAGAAUCUGAGGCUGAAGAAUGAGCAAGCCUUGAAUGAUGCGGAAUCUGGUGCAGACCGUAUAGGUUUGAUUAAAGAUGCAGAUAAGUUGUGCAAAGCUUUACUGGCAAGGCUGACAAGCCGUGGAGGUUGUGUCAAGACAAGCUUACUAAUAACCCUUGCAGUUGGAGUUGCUGUUUAUGCCGUUGCAUCAACAAAUCCAGAUUCAUGGGACUGGGAGAAACUCUCAGUUCUGUUUGGAUCCCCUCAAUCUAUAUGAAUUUGCUGAAGGAACAGGAAAUGACACGUUCGGGAGAGUGGCUGCAUGCUAUGAUGUGUCAUGUUAGCGUAUACCACCGGUCUUCCUUCUUUGUUCCCUCUGCUGCCUUCUGUAGCAGCAACGAAGAAGAUGAAGUCUGACCAUCUUUUCUUUGCAGAAACUAGGAUUAACUUCAUGCAAUUUCUAGGUGCCCAUAGAGUUUUUCUUUCCUUUUCCGAUCUUUUUUUUCCUCGGUUAGCCUUUUCUGGGUAUGAAAAAUAUGGGGAUUGGGCAGAGGGUGAGGAUUUUUUUGUCCCGGCGACUGAAAUUUGUUUUUCUUCUUAGUUUUGUAAUUUGUUAAAGAGUAAAAAUUCUGGAUGCUUGGGGUAUCAUAUUUAAUCAGCUAAGAAAUAGUUGAAAAACUAAGUGAAUCGCAGUCAACAGCUGAGAAAUUUUAUCUA